UGUAGAGCAAUUGCCGAAAACGGCCAACUGCCCCAAAAACUGCACGGGGGUGGUUGAUAUAAAGACUAUCGUUCCGCUCCGAUAGGUUAUCAGUAGUGGCUUGUGUUUCAGCGGUGCAGACUAAGUGUCCAUUGGGUUGGCACUGUUUUGAAUAUGUUACUUAGACUGACUAUUUUGGCUUGUCUGGCAAUUAGCAGUGCCACAGCAGAGCCUCAUCUAGAACAUGCCGCUGCGUAUGGAUACGGAGCACACCUGUUCGGUGGGAUCAACCCCGAACUGUACACAUCUGCCAGAGCGAUGGCCCCGGUGCAGUAUGCCUCCAGUGUGCCAAUGGUGUACGCAAAUCAGCUGAUGGCAAGCCCGCUGCACAGGGCCAUCAAACCGGCGGUGGUCAGUGCUCCGCUGCAGUACGCAGCCUCCCUACCGCCGCUCCUGUACAAUCCGGACACGCAGCCUUUCUGGGAUCCGCCUCUGCAGCCACACCAUCAUCACUCAAUUACGCCGCUGCUCUCGCCAACGCUCAAGCUUACGGAGCAAGUUCUGCCUACGCACAGCUUCAGCGACAGCAUCAGCAGCAGCAGCAGCAGCAACAGCAUCAUCAACAGUCACACUAUCCCUUUCAACAACAAUUUCUUCACCAGCAGCAGCAGCAACAGCAAUCCUAUCAGCAACAGCUGGACGCCGCUUUUGGGCGGUCUGCCGCUGAGCUCUACGGUCGAGGAGUACCAUUUGCAUAUUCCGGUGAGCAAGUGGCGUCCAGCAGUGCGGGCUCGGAGAUUGCUCGCCAAAUGGCCGUUCAACUUUCUGCGGGUUACCACCAACAACAGGCGGCAUCGGCUUACGGGGACGCACGCGCGCAAGCUCGGACAGAUAGUGAGUAGGAUCCGCUGGCUGGAGAAGUACCUGCACGUGGUGCACUUCCGUCGGAGGCACUAGACCUGCGGGCGAACCGUGGGUUCAGCUGCCUGCCUGGUCAGUCUUAGUCGUAUGAGUAUGUGCGAGAAUGUGUGAUACCGUGUAAUUAUUUAUUUUGCUCUAAAAUAAAUCUUUAUAGCUAGUUUAGAAAGACAUAUUAUAGCAUGAGUACAAGUGUAAGGAUAACCGAA